ACUCAUUUAAUUAUAAAACAAAGUAGGGUGAUAAUUUUUUCAUCUUUCUCCCUUUCAAAAUUAGCCUAGAGUCUGUAAUCUCAUUUUAAAACUCCUUUCUGAUAAUCAAUGGCUUCUUCCAUAUGGGUUUCAUCAAAAACCUCAAUUUGCGACUCCUCUUCACUCUCUUUCACUUCUCAUCUCGUCAAAUUUCCAAUUUCCGAUGCCAAACUAAACAACAGAAACCCCACUUUCCAAUCACUGAAACUCCCCCUUCCUUCAAUUCACUGCGGUAUUCGUGAACUACGAGAAAGAAUCGACACAAUCAAGAAUAUCCAGAAAGUUACAGAAGCAAUGAAACUAGUUGCAGCCGCCAAGAUUCGCAGAGCCCAAGAAGCAGUCAUCAGUACUCGACCAUUUGCUGAAACCCUUGUUGAUAUGUUGUACAACAUCAGCCAACAGCUUCAAUUGGAAGAUGUAGAGAUACCCUUAACAGAAAUCAGACCUGUAAAGAAAGUUGCCCUUGUUGUUAUUGCAGGUGAAAGAGGUCUUUGUGGGGGUUUCAACAGUGGAAUAUUCAAGAAAGCAGAGACCCGGAUGGCGGAAUUGACGAAUCUUGGAAUUGGGUAUACUUUGAUUAGUGUUGGCAAAAAAGGUAAUGCUUAUUUUCGUCGGAGGAGGAAAGGUGAAUUUGUUGAUAGAUUUGUUGAGGGAGAGAAUUUUCCAACAACUAAAGAGGCUCAGGUUAUAGCUGAUGAUGUUUUUUCUUUGUUUGUUAGUGAAGAAGUUGAUAAAGUAGAGCUUUUGUAUACUAAAUUUGUUUCGUUGAUUAAAUCUGAUCCUGUAAUACAUACUUUGCUCCCAUUAACGCCGAAAGGAGAGGUUUUCGAUGUGAAUGGGAGAAGUGUUGAUGUAGAUGAAGAUGAGUUCUUUAGGUUGACUACUGAGGGAGGAAAAUUGACUGUGGUGAGAGAUCAUUUGAUGGUGAAAAAGGGGACCUAUUUGCCUAAUUUAGAGUUUGAGCAAGACCCUGCUCAGAUUCUUGAUGCAUUGAUGCCUCUCUAUUUGAAUAGCCAGAUUUUGAGGGCACUUCAAGAGUCAUUCGCAAGUGAGCUUGCAGCUAGGAUGAAUGCAAUGAGUAGUGCCACGGAUAAUGCCAUUGAGUUGAGGAGGAACCUUUCCAUUGCUUAUAAUCGAGAAAGACAGGCAAAGAUUACAGGUGAGAUAUUGGAAAUUGUUGCUGGAGCAGAUGCACUUACAUAGCUGCGUCGAUACUGGUAUUUGUAUUCUCAUUGUUUUGUAAUUUGGAUAUUCCACCAUCAAUGUGCUCCAUUGACUCCUUUUCCAAAUUGUUGGAAGCUUAUAAUCAGAGAAGUUUCAAGUUUAGGAUUCUCUAGAAUCACAAAAUGAGAUGAAUUUCUACUGUGAUGCAUGAUGAAGCAUCUUGUCUCCCUUUAACUGCCCUGAAUGACUCGUUUCUCAAUUGACCGGAAGAAGAUCCUUCAUGAGCAACAAAUGUUCUCCCUCUCGCUUUAUCUCUUUUCCUAAGUUUUCUGCAAUUUACUUGGGGUGUUUUAUGUGAGUGUUGGUAAGUGUAGACAUGAAGGUCAAAGAAGUUAGUGUAGGAGUUUCGCAAGAGCAGUAUACUUUACUGGCUGUAGAUAUAGAUGCUGAAAUUUCUUUAUGCAAGGACUUGGUGAUCAAGAUUUGUACCAGAGUUUAGCACAUGAUCUGGUGGAUUAAGAAAAUUCAGCUUAUAUUGUCAUCAGUAGAACUAUAUCUCAUUGCUUUGAGUCUCGAGCGCUUUAAGUUGAUAAUCCUACUUUCCAUGAUGUAACAGACCAUGUUUCUAACUGCUGGCUUAUUCGUUACAUUGAAUCUGAGUCUCCUUUCGAUUAAA